GUCAUUCUGUCUCCAUUUAUUUCCCUUCUUUCUUCUUCUUCAAACCUAAUAUUUUUAAAUUCCAUUUUCUUUCUCAACCUUCAAACAUACAUCCAUGGCUACUCUCUCUCAACCCAUUUCUAAUUUUCCUCUUCCACCGCCGUCACCGGAUACCCAAUCCGACGGCGGUUUUAAUUUAGACAACGAAGUAAGUCCCACAAUUCUCUUAGCCAUAAUCAUCCUCGCCAUUAUCUUUUUCUUCUCCGGCCUCCUCCACCUUCUCCUCCGAUUCUUCCACAAACCCCAAAUCAGAACUGACCCAGAAGAUUCCACUGCCGGCGACGGCGGUGCCUCUGCUUUCCAAGGUCAACUCCGGCAGCUGUUUCACCUCCAUGACGCCGGCGUUGACCAAUCCUUCAUCGAUACACUCCCUGUUUUUCUUUAUAAAGCCAUAAUCGGCUUGAAAUUAGACCCAUUUGAUUGCUCUGUUUGUCUCUGUGAAUUUCAGCCUAAUGAUAAGCUUCGAUUAUUGACGAAAUGCAGCCAUGCUUUUCAUAUGGAUUGCAUAGACACUUGGCUUUUGACUCAUUCUACUUGUCCUCUCUGUCGUGCGAGCUUGGUUUCUGAUUUCGCUGCCAUUAAUGGCGGAUUCUCGUCUCCAAUUGUUGGAGUUCUUGAAUCUGCAAGUAAUAGUUCGAGAGAAAUUGGGGAAGUUCACACCGGUUCGUUUCUUGGUUUUCUUGGGGAUGUGUCGGAUUUUACUGAAUUGAAAACAGAGGAACCUCCGGCAACGGGAGCAGAGACGGUGGUUCCGAUUAAAUUAGGGAAGUUUAAGAAUUUGGAGAGUAAUGGAGAAGGGAGUAGUAAUAAUAGCAAUGUGGGUUCGAGGAGGUGUUUUUCAAUGGGGUCUUUUGGGUAUGUAAUGGAUGAAAAUUCGUCUCUUCAAGUUCCCAUCAGGACGCCGGCGGUGAGGAAACAGGUGAGGAAGAAGAAGGAUCUGCCAUUGAUGCUCGGGAGCAGAGCGGCAAUAUCUGAAUGCGAUUGCGAAUCAAGAAGAGAGUUUAAUUUUGAGGAAUUGAGUGGGAGAGUUGAGAGUUUCCGCCAUGGGAACUCGAAGGACAGCUGUGAAGAGAAGGUAGCCGGCGCCGGUGACAGAGUGGCGGUGAUGGAUUUGUCUAGAAGGGCGUUUUCGUUUCAUUUUCCUGCGAAUCGGAACCGACCCAGAUCGGAAAAUGGGAUGGGAAUGAUGGAUGAAGAGAAUCAGAGAAGAAACAGUUUGGAAUUUGUUGAGAAUCGGCCGUCGUUUGUGAGAAGAACGUUACAGUGGCUGAUGGGAAAGAACAACAAUAGGAUUGUUCAUUCAUCUUUUACACCUAAUGAUGAUGAUGAUCAUUCUUGAUUUUUUUUCUUUUCUUUCUUUUGAGAUUUUGAGUAACUUUUAAUGGGGAUUUCAAAUUUGAGUGCAGAAAUUAUAAAAAUUCAAAACUCAAAAGAAUUAGAAAAUGUCGAUUGUAGCGGAAUUGAUGACGAAUUUUUUGGUGUCAAAGAAAUAAGAACCAUUUGUAUUGGGGUCUUUCUAUGGAUCUUCAUGAAUCAAAUUUGAAUCUUAAGUUAAUUUUGGUGAGUUUUCUAAA